AUGACUUCGCCAAAGUUUCGCAUAGAGACUAACACCGGAGUAAUCAUCGUAAGUGAUUUACUGGAUUACGAAGAAACGAUAAUGUACACCAUGACAGUUACCGCAACUGAUUUAUCUAACACUGUACCUAGAGAUGCCAGGAUCUCAGGAGCGGAUAUCGUUUGGUAUUUCUGUCCGGAAACUAUAGAUAAACCAAUUGAUAAACCAAUCGAUCGCAAAGAUAAGUGCUGGGAAUGUAGGUACUGUCAUUACAGAGAAUCCAACAAACUUUCCACAAUUCCACAAAGCGUGACUGUGACCAUUAAUAUUGAAGAUGAAAAUGAUAACGAUCCUACAUGCGACCCUAGCGUGUACACUAAUUCGUUGUCUGAGAAUGAUGCAGUGUCAACGGUAGCUGCGAAUCUCUUAUGCUCCGAUGCCGACAGUGGAGACAACAGUUUGUUGGUUUAUGACAUUAUCUCUAGUACUGAUCCAAAUGCUGACUUUACAGUGACAGCAACUGGUGUGGUGGAAACGGCUAAAACGUUAGAUUUUGAAACGACUCAGGCAUAUUCACUUCAUGUAGAAGUUAGCGACUCUGGAACGUCAGGUGCCAGAACGACGACAGUACAAGUUGGUGUGGCGAUAACACCGUACAACGAAGCAGCGCCUACCUUCACGGCAGGUCUCUAUUCCACCACCGUGUCUGAAUAUUCAAGUCCCGGAUAUGACGUCAUGGAUAUAGAUUGCACAGAUUCUGAUUUAGGUGACGACGCUACAAUGGAAAAUAUUGAAUACACCCUUCUUACCUCCACCGAUUACUUUUCCAUUGACAUAGAGUCGGGUUUAGUUGAAGUCAAAUCAUCUCUGGACAGGGAAGCUACACCAAGUGCCUUGGAAUUCAUCGUCCAAUGCAAAGACACUUUAACCGUUCCGCAACAGAGAUCUUCCACUACAACGAUGACCAUCACUGUCUCAGACGAAAAUGACAACACGCCUGUUUAUGAUCCUGUCACUUAUGAAUACGAAGUGCGAGAGAACACACCAGUAAACACUGUCAUUGGUCAGUUACUGGUAACUGACGAGGACGACCCAGCAAACACAGUUAUAACAUUUACUAUCGUCGGGUCGGGUAACAGUGAUGCCGUGUUCGCCGUCGACACCAACGGGGAAAUACGUGUCAAUAGCGUUACCAACUUAAACUUUGAAGUGACGAAACAUUAUACAUUUCUUGUGCGUGUACAAGACGGGGGAUCGUCUCCACUAAGCGCAACGGCAACAGUUGAAGUGGACAUUCUGCCAUACAACGAGCACACGCCUUCCUUUACCGAUGAUGGUUCAUAUAACUUUAGAAUAGACGAAGACGCCGCAUUGGCCCUUGACGUUGGUCAAGUCAUUGCUACGGAUAGUGACGACUCUGACUACGAAGACGGACGUAUUGUCUACAGCAUUAUUGAUGGAAAUGAUGAAGACAGAUUCUACAUCGAUUCCACUUCUGGUUGGAUCAAAGUAAAACAGAGUGUUGACCGUGAGAGUACGGACUAUUAUAGGUUAACUAUUCGAGGUAUAGACGAAGGUACUAUACCUCACGCACUGUAUUCCGAUGCAAUCGUGGACAUAUACAUUGACGAUGUGAAUGACAAUGUUCCAUUCUGCGAUCCAACAAUAUACGCAACGCAGCUGUACGAAAACGUUGGUUCCUCGGUAACAGUAGCCAUCGUUCUGUGCUCGGAUGAGGACGACGGAGUAAAUGAACAAUUAAAUUAUGCCAUAACCAGUGGCGAUAAUCCAAGUACCAAUAGAUUUUCCAUCAGUCCAUCGGGAAUUAUCACAACAGCUAUAUCGAGUCCAUUCGAUUAUGAGGAUACUAAAGAAUGGGAUCUGGUUGUACAAGAAUCCUUAAAUCGUGAGUUGUACCCAAGCUACAGCCUCGAGAUUUACUGCAUUGACAGCGCCGGCGUAUCGUCCCUGACAGCAACCGACAUUGUGAUUGUCACCAUUGAUGACUAUAACGACAACGAACCUUAUAUCAACCCAAAUAUUUUCGCAGAGGAGGUAUACGAGAAUGUCGGAGAUGGUUCUACGCUUAUCACUAACGUUUAUAGCUACACGACAGAUAGCGAUAUUGGAGUCAAUGCCAUGUUUAAUUUUGAACUCGAUGUUUCAAGCAACACCAAUGCUGACUUUAGUAUCGAUGCCUCCAGCGGUGAGAUAACUAUGCCAGGAGGGUUAGAUAUUGAAACUACUGAGUAUUAUAGUUUAGUGGUGUACGUAAAUGACCUCGGAACUCCUUCCCUAACGUCCACGGCAACGAUUAACAUCCGGGUAAUUCAAGUGAACGAAUUCACACCGGUCUGGCAGAGUGCCCUAUACGUAAGAUAUGUUCGCGAAGACAGCGACCAUGGGUAUUCGUUCCUACAGGUGGUCGCUACCGAUGACGAUGCUUACGAAGACGGUGAAAUUGUAUAUUCCCUGGUGUCUGGUUCGGAUAAUGGAUUACAGAAGUUCCACAUCGAUGCUCUCAGUGGAGAUGUUGAAGUGAAAGCCGCUUUAGAUAGAGAGGUGUACGACGAGUACACUCUGACUGCCCGAGCCACUGACCAAGCGACUACGCCAGUGGGGCCAAAGUAUGCAGACGUUACAAUAACGGUGUAUGUUGAGGACGCCAACGAUAACUAUCCCAUAUUUACUCCAACUGUAUACAAUGCCGAAUGGCUGGAGGACACUCAGAUCGGGACAACACUUGUUACAUUAGCUUGCUCUGAUAACGACUUGGGCGUGAACUCUGACCUUUCCUACCAGAUCACUGCGGGUAACGACGAGGGUAAAUUCACAUUAGAGUCUACGGGUUCUGGUGUGAGAAUAUUACUCCAACAGAUAUUAGAUAUAGAAAAUACUGCUCAGUACACCUUAACCGUGACAGCCUACGAUAGCGGGGUAGAUGGUGUCGGUAAUUCAUUGGCUCUUUCCGGUGACGCCAUGGUUACGAUUAACGUUCUACCAGUCAAUGAAUAUACGCCAUAUUUCAACCCAGCGUCGUAUUCUACAAUCAACGUUGAAGAGAGGACCACUAUUGACACUGUUGUUGGGCAGGUAUUCGCUGCUGAUGGUGACAUUGGCGAUUACCACGCUUUUCUGCGGUUCAGCAUUGCUAGUGGUAACGAAGAAAAUAAAUGGGCAAUUGACGAAGUAACGGGAGAAAUCCGAAUCGCAGCAUCGCUCGACAGGGAAACUACAGAUACGUACAACUUAGUAAUCCAAGUCUCGGACAACAUCGAAGGAGCUUCUGUCAUAUUUACAAAUACGGUAGACUAUAAUAUCUUAGUUGAUGACAACAAUGAUAAUCCACCAGUGUUUACACCACAGACGUACAGUAUAGAUGUUCUAGAGGGCGCUCUUCCUGAAACGGCUAUUGUGACACUGACGACGACAGAUGCCGAUCUGACGGCUAAUUCUGUGCACACGUUUACUAUUGAAAGUGGGAAUAUUGAUAACGUCUUCCGUCUGGACAAUAACAUCUUAAAGAUAGAUAAGAAACUCGACCACGAGGUUUUGGAUUUAUAUAAACUGACAAUACGUGCUCAUAACUUGGGUGACGCAUCUUCUGAACUGACCGCUGACGCCACGGUCACUGUGAAUGUUCUAUCAGAGAACGAAUACACGCCAAAGUUUGACCAUGAAACGUUCACUGUAUUCAUAUCGGAAGAUGUCAUUCUGGGAACGAAGGUUUUCGACGCUAAUGCCACUGAUUUGGACAAGGGAAGACACGGAGUGUUGUCAUAUUACGUAAUAGACGGAAACGAAUACGGCGGAUCACAGUUCCUUUGUAACAGAUACACUGGUAUGGUACGAGUCGGGGCUUUCCUUGACAGGGAAAGGAACGACACUCACUACCUGAAUAUAACUGUCAUGGAUGAUGGCAUCAAUGAAAAUGACACGUUUGUUGAUUUCAUGCUUUUGACUGUCGUUAUUGAAGACGUCAACGACAACUACCCGUUGUUCCCAAGUGACUUAAAUGAGAUAUAUGUGGACGAAAAUGUUCCAUCUGGCUAUCACUUCUUCACUGUCCAGGCCACGGAUGCUGAUAUCGAUGAAAAUUCUGAAAUUAGUUAUGCUAUUGUCGGGGGAGACGGCUGGGCGGCAUUCAGUAUCGAUCCACCAUCUGGCAAAAUACGCACUGCAAUCAGUACUUUAGACAGAGAACGCAAAGAGCGAUAUUAUCUUAUGAUCACCGCAACUGACGGUGGCACGCCUGCUUUAUCGACUUUGAAGGGACUCAUCGUGUGGGUGAAUGACCUCAACGACAACGAUCCCAUGUUCACUCCCAAUGUUUACGUGGUCAACGUACGUGAAAAUUUGCCCAAUGACACCGUUAUCUACCAGGUACGAGCGAGUGAUGCUGAUAUUGACAACAAUGCACUGUUGUCAUUCGCUAUAAUCAAUGGCGACGACAUACCUAGUAAGUUUGCCAUCAACGACGACGGUGAGGUGUCUCUCGUGGUGUCACCUGACCGGGAAGAUCAAGAAACGUACAUCUUAACUCUGGAAGUCUCAGACAACGGAACGGUAACCAGAACCGACACAGCCUCGUUCACAGUCAAUUUUAUCGAUGAGAAUGACAACGCACCCGUUUUCUCUUCCGACCCUUAUCACAUUGACAUUGAGGAAAGUGUUGCAAUCGGUACCACAAUUCUGCAUGUUCAAUCCACCGACGCAGACAAAGACAUAAACCGGUUAAUAAGCUAUCGUAUCGUCUCUGGAAAUCAGGCUGGUUCUUUUCGAAUUGACCAGGCAUUAGGUUAUGUAAUCACAGACAAGUUACUGGACAGAGAGAGUAUAGCAACCUACAAUAUUACCAUAGAGGCGUAUGAUGCCGGUUACGAGCCGCAAUCUACCAACGUCACAUUGUAUAUUAACCUAAUUGAUGUUAAUGACAAUUUUGCUCAAUUUGAUUCGUACAAUUAUACAUUUACUGUGUACGAGGAUAUAUUGGUUGGUGGAUACAUCGGGAAUAUUUCGGCUUUUGAUGUCGAUAAUGGAACAAACUCUCAACUUCGCUAUACAAUUGUAAGCGGUGAUUACGGUCAUUUCACGCUCCACGAUGUUACCGGGUACCUAUACGCGGGUGACGGUUUUGACCGGGAAUUAAUAUCACAGUACAUACUGGUUAUCAAAGUUAUUGACCUAGGUCAAAAGAUUAUGAUGCAAAACACGGUAGUAACGCGUGUCAUACUGGAAGAUGUCAACGAUAACAACCCAGUGUAUACUCAGAGUGAAUACGCGAUAGACAUCGACGAGAAUCUGGAAACGGGAACCUCGGUACUGACUGUCGUCGCUACGGAUAUAGAUAUCAACGAGAAUUCCCUCCUAAACUAUGCCAUCGACACCGAUGAUACGUUGGGAUUAGACCACUUUCAAAUCGACGCCUCCACUGGCGAGAUAACAAUCAACGAACCGACAGAUCGAGAGGCGAACGAGAUCAUCGAAUUUCACGUCAUCGCAUCAGACAACGGCGUGCCCGUUCUUACAUCUACUACCCUUGUUGUAGUUACCAAUCUAGAUCUCAAUGACAACAAACCAAUAUUCGACCCUUCCUACUACGUUGCUAGGAUACCGAACGACUACGGUAAAACGGAUGUACUAUUAGUGGUAGUAGCCACAGACGCUGAUCUGGACACUAAUGCUGAAUUCCAAUUCUCACUAGUUGAAUACACUGACGUGUUCCAGAUGGAUAUUUUCACCGGCGAGUUGACUUACCUCACAACUGCGUCGCUAUUGUUGGACACAUACAAAACGCACGUCAUAGCUAGAGAUUCGGGCGAACCGUCUUUGACCUCUGACCUUGCGACUAUUCGCGUUGAUACUUUUGACAAAGAGGGAUAUAGUGUUGACAUUCAGUUUGGAACAUCGUGCAGUACGUUCGAAUCAUUGAAAGCUGAAUUCAUAUCACAAACAAGUUCCCUGUUUUCCCCUGGAUUCAUCGGUGUCUGGGAUACGAGAUGUCUGACAAGAACGGCAACUACGUCACUCAGACGACGUCUUCUGGUCACUGAAGACUAUACCAUUAUUUCAAUCUACGGUAUGCGCACCCAAGAAACUGAAACCAUUGAUGGUAUUGACUCAGAAGCAGACUUUCUUACCAGGGAGGAAAUAUUACGCGUUUUAUCUGCAGAGGCACAAGGUGGCGAUCCAAGCAACGUGCUAUUGACAACCGCGUUUGAUAUUUUCGAGAUUGAGCAAAUAAAUCCUACUAUUCCAUAUCCCGAAGAUCCAACACCAUGGUACACAGAAUGGUGGGGUAUACUGACUAUAUGUCUGGCUGCAUUGAUUAUAAUUAUUCUAAUGUGUCUCAUCAUUAUUGUCUGCAUUAAACGACAAGGCCAAAAGAAAGAGCACAGACUACCAGCCAAUCAUCCACGAUAUAAUGAACCACAGGCAUGGGUUACGACACGACAAUUGGAAAAAUCAAAGAACCAACCACCCAAGAAAACAGAUGUUUCAUAUAUAAAGAAUACGAAAGCCAACGCAAACAACCCCCUACUGCUGCCCAGACCAACAAACACCGCUCGUAAGGCAGCAUUUGAGCCCCGGACUAACGUGAAGAAAAUCAAUACACCGCGUGAAGCUGAAAAGAACGCCGUGAAGACACCAAGACGUCAUAUCCGGUCAUCACAAUUGGAAACACUAGCUCACGGUGAACCCAUUGAAAAUGAUGUACUGUUUGAUGGGAAAGCAGUUGAUCCAGUUACUGGUAGAAUGUAUGUAUACAACACCAAGACAGGCGUAAAGAGGUGGGCAGACAACAGUAAUAUUAACAAAACAUACAGCAGAGAAGGCAAUCUAAACAACACAAGACACAGUACAAGUCAUGGGUAUCCACGCACCGUCAACGAUGCCUGGUCAUUCUGAAUCGACGCGUAAUUGUCAAUAUUAAAAUUGGUCAUUUACACAAUAUUAAUACAAAUAUUGUCAGUUUAAAAUGUAUAUUUCUGUAGUACUUCUGUAUAUACUUCUUUGUGUUGUGUUAUGAAUGAAUUAUAAUUAAACGAUAUCCGC